CUUCCGCGUCAACGGACUCACCUCUUCCGGCCAAAUGGGUGCAGCUUUCAGCGCAGCUUUUUAGACUCCAGGCGGGUUCUGAUGUGUUUUUAGUCCGUCCGAGUUGGUUCUCGGCCGGAGGGUCAGCAUGGUCAAGUGUGUUGUUUCUGGGUGUCCGAACCGCGUGUUGAACGGCAACCGGGGGGUCUUGAACCGAACACCGAAGAGGUUCUUCCCCUUCCCCAAAGACCCAGCCAGAGUGAAGGUAUGGCUGGCGGCGCUACGAGAGACUGACAAACAGGAUGCGACAGACCAGCACCUGAUCUGUGAGGAGCACUUCUUGCCCGAGGACAUCUCCGCCAACGGGGUCAACAGCGACGCCAUCCCCAUCAUGCCUCCCUACCUGGACGGCCCACUGGGUAUCAUCAACCCCUGGGGAGCCGAGUGGUCCGAAGAAGAGGACCAGUGGGGCCCUGUAGGAGGUGAAGAUGAGGGGGAGGAAGAGGAUGAAGAGGAAUGUGGAAAUGAGUCAGCCCACGAGGAACCUCCUCAGCAGGGUUCAAGUGAAACGGUCCACGUUCCUUCAGAGGCCAAGACAUCCAGUUUGGAUCUUCAGUCCAAAGAGAAGACGCGUACAAAAAAGCAGACAUGCAGAAAUGACGUGUCCCUGGUCCUGCUGACUCGCCGGUUCCUGGAGCUCAUGCUGGUGGCUCCAGACAGCGGUGUGGACCUCCAUCAGGUGGCCAGCGUCUUACAGACCCGCAAGUGUCACAUAUACAACGUCAUUAGCAUUCUGGAGGGCGUCAGCGUGGUACAGAGGAAGGCCAGGAGGGUCAAGUGGAUAGGACAAAGUCCAAUCUCCAGUUUUCUGUGGAAGAAUGAGGAAGCUUUCCAGAAGGAACUAGAGAACCUUAGGCUGGUGGAGAACACGCUGGACGGCCUCAUCAAAAACUGCGCACAGCAACUUUUUGACAUGACAGACGACAAAGCCAACGCGAUGGCAGCCUACAUCACGCACGAGGACACGAGCCAGCUGGCCUCCUUCCAAGAGCAGACUGUGAUCCUGGUCAAAGCUCCGGAGGAAACCAAACUGGAGGUUCCGGCGCCCAAGGAGGACAACAUCAAGGUCCACCUCAAGUCCAGCAGGGGUCCCAUCACGGUAAUGACCUGCGACAUCGGGACAGGGGGAGUGAGAGUGAAGGAGGAGAUGAGUGGCUGCUUCAUGACACUGGAGGAAAGUCGCAUCCAGAUGCAAACGUUGCACACGGACAACAGCGGUUCCUGAGAUGGAUUUGGUUUGGGGUUUUUUUUUUUACAGUCUGGCUGGAUCCAAGGUUUUGUUUGCUUCUGGUAACGUUUGACACUGGCGCCAGCAAGAAGCUCCUAAAAGAAAGUUCGAUGUUUGUUUUUUUUGUUGUUGAUAUCUACUAUGUAACUUUUUUGUGACAAGACACAUUCACUUUUCAUUUGCAAUUAAAACUUUUUUUUUAAAUGUCAGUUUUACAAAACAAUGUCAGUUGAAGGCAUUAUUAAGACCUGUAGUCAGCCUCUGGCCACAAGGAGGCGCUAGUUGACCUCGAAGUUUUUGUUGGAAGAUCAUAAAAAUGUUUCGAUUUCCUUUCCAGGGUCUGUUUAAUGAGUGUCUUCCUCAUCAGGGUCCAACUAUUGUUGUUUUUGAUAGACAACACAACAAAGAUGCUGUAAAUAAUAAUAAAACGAUAAAACCCAGCAAGUCCAUGUU